CAACGAUCGACACGACCGUCACGAGCAGCCUGGGUAGACAUGAGUUCAUUGACCAACGUAGAAUGUCUGUUGCUCGCACAAGCAGUGUACGACUACGGUGCGAAUGCUUGGCCGCAAGUCUCAAAACUUCUAUCAAAACAUCCUAUCAUCUCUCGCCCAAAGAACUUCUUUUCCACUAAUUCUUGUCGCGAUAUAUACAUUCGCCUGAUGAAUGAUGCUCAGCUUGAGUGCCCCGAGUCUGAUGCGAAUAGUCCGCAUGCUCUUAUAAAUCUCAAGCUUGCACAGAAAUUCUAUAGCGCACGCCUUCUGGAGUUGCGUGACUUGAUUGCAGCAGAGGAAGUCAAAUUCAAGACCAUCGUCGCAGAAAUUCAGGACAUCCGGGCUGGGAAAUGGGACGAUAAGAUUCGUGCCAAGCUCUCCGGUACAGAAAUCGAGCCCGAGUCAGAGCACGAUAUUACCCAGAGAGAAACAGCUGUUGAACCCGAGGUCUCGCAUGAGAUCCAGGAGCAAGAGCGUGAACCUACCCCCCAGCCACAAGAAGAAGAAGAAGCCCCUGUGCAGGAACCCGAGAACGACGUCGAGCCUGAACAAGCCCCUGAACCAGUGCCUGUGGAAACAGAAUUUCCUCACCCGCCACAAACAGAGGAACACGAGCCUGAGAAUGUCGAGCAGCCAAUCGAAGUCGACGAACCUGUAGCCUCAACCCAAGAGGAGGAGAUAGAACAGUUUGAAUGGGAGCAGCAGCCCGCAUCCCCAGAUGACGAGGCAAGUGAGAUAGAAGCGAUACUUACACCCGAAGCUCCAGAGGGGUCCGUUGAGGAAGAAGCCAGUGAACAAUCGCCCAAACACGAGGACGAGUCACCUGUCCAUGAGGAAGAGACGCUCGAACGUGAAGAGGAGGAGGAGGAAGAAGAGGAGGAGGAAGAGGAGGAAGAGGACGCGUCCCCCGCGCAAGACACGAAACCCUCCCACACUGAACCAGAGCAAGAGACAUUCAUGGAUGUCGACGCAGAGGAGCAGGACCUGUCUGUUGAUACUGAGACGAGUUCACAAGUCAAACGCAAGGUAGACGAAGUGGACGACGGCGACGGCGCCGAAGAACCCGAGAAGAAGCGUUUGCGUGAGGAGAGCUCACCCCCGACACCAGGGGAGGAUGAACCAGCAACCACACGUCCCAGGCGCGACACAACAGACAGCGAGCAACACCCCUCCACAACCCUCCAAUCCACUCCAUCCGGCUCUACCGCCCAAUCCACCGCCCAAACUCAAUCCAUUCCUAACAAGCGUUUCCAGGCUGUCAUCACCCUUCUACACUCUCAAAUAUCACAACACCGCAACGGUAACAUCUUCCACAAUCCUAUAAAACCAACCGAAGCGCCCGAUUACCACGAUAUCAUCAAACGCCCCAUGGAUUUGAAAACGAUCAAAGCAAGGAUCAAAGAUGGAGUUAUCAGAACCUCGAGGGAUUUCCAGAGGGAUGUAUUUCUGAUGUUUGCGAAUGCGAUGAUGUAUAAUAGGCCAGGGAGUGAUAUCGCAUUGAUGGCGGAAGAGAUGAUGCUUGAGAGCGAGGGUCAUAUCAAUUCCUUCCGGCAAACAGAAGGCUACAUACGCAACACCCGCGCGUGAACCAGUGCUAGGGGAAAGUUUACACGCAUACAUACUUUCCAAUGGAGACGCAACGCUUGUCGCACGCUUUGC